CAUUCCCCUCAAGGUCGUGCAGAAGAAGGUAUCAGUAAAGAUUCUGAGUGAGUAAUAGCUACGGCAACAACAACGGCAAAAAGCCACCACCUAGGGUUUCUGCCAUCCUCCAAUUUCAACUCCCAAAAUUAGGGUUUCUCAUUUCCCCUUUCUUCUCAAACUCUCGCCAUGGCGGAUGGCUACUGGAACCGGCAGCAGGCGCUUCUCCCCCACUCUGGCAUGCUUAAACGACCCCGUUCCGAUUAUGAGAUGCCAGCUUCUGGUCUGUCUUUGGGUAACGAGAUGCGUAAUUAUAUUGCUCGUGAUGAGGACCGUACUGGUCACCGAAUGCUAAAGGACACUAAAACAAUUGGAUCUGCUUAUGACCGAUACCUUCAGAGUGGGCAACUUUCUUCAUUUGCUUCUGGGGAAGCCAGUACGAUUGGUGGUCUUGGAUUGGCAAGGGGUGUUGGUGGAUUACCAGGCCAUUCGCUUGCUGAUCCUGCUGUCAUGGGGCGUCAUGGGGGUGGUGGUCCUGAUCUCACUCCAAAUGGACGGGGUGUUAAUUAUGGUGGUCAGCUACCAGUAGAUGCAGUUUCCAGGCCUGGACCUGAGGCAGUACCUCUACCUCCAGAUGCUUCAAGUACUUUAUAUGUUGAAGGUCUCCCUGCUGAUAGCACUAAAAGGGAAGUGGCUCAUAUUUUCCGCCCUUUUGUUGGAUAUAGAGAAGUGAGACUAGUGAGUAAAGAAUCUAAACAUCGUGGUGGAGAUCCUCUGAUCCUUUGUUUUGUGGACUUUGCAAGUCCAGCUUGUGCAGCAACUGCUUUGAGUGCCUUGCAAGGUUAUAAAGUCGAUGAACUCAACCCUGAGUCUAGUCACUUGCGGCUUCAGUUUUCUCGGUAUCCUGGUCCAAGAUCUGGACCUGGAUCUCGUGGUAAGAGGUAUCCGUCAAGUUAAUAUGCCCCUGUCUAUUAGCUUAGAUAACUGGGGGAUAUGAUGGCUAGUGAAAUAUUCAGAAAAGACUGUAUUUCCCUUGGGCAGCCUCAGCUAUGUUUCAUUGGUGAAAGGGCCACAAACCCGAUAGUUUUUCCUGUGUAAAUGUGAUGUAGGAAUGAGCUCCAAAAAUCUAGAUUUAUCCAGAAAGAGGCAUGAUAUAAUUUGCUACUUCAGAGAACAGAGUUUAUAGAGAUCUGUUUUCUAGCAAGAUUCUUUGGUGAAGCAUUUAGGGACUGUUUGGUACGUGGCUUUUUCUAGGAUUUUCGGAAAACUGAUUUUUUUUUAAAUUUUAA